AUGAGCAGCGCGGCCGAUGGAAGUGGGGAGGGCAAGUGCGGAGACCAGUGCAAGGACUCGAGGCGCGGCCUCGUGAUGCAGGUGGGACCGGGUUGUGACUGCGCUGUCCCUCUCCAUGACCGGGUUCAGCAUAGGCGGCAGCCUGGCGUUCACGGGCGUGUUCACAGAGCAGAUGACGGCCGACCAGGGUGUCCUGCCGCUCACCCGCUCGCAGAUCUCCUGGGUGGCCUCCGGUUACGCCAUCGGCAACACGCUGGGCUGUCUGGUGUCCAGCUACGUCAACCCGCGGCUGGGCACCAUCCGCCUCGUGCAGCUGUGCGCACCGGCCCUGGCCGGCGGCUGGCUGCUGCUGGCUCUGGGAGGCGAUUUUUGGACCAUGUAGCUGUGGGCAUUGUCUUUGGGCCCACCAUCACAUAUAUUGGUGAAAUCUCGUCAGUAAACAUUCGCGGAGUGCUUGCAUUGUUCUUCAACCUAAUGUUAAGUUUUGGUAUGCUCAUUACUUUCUUGUGUGGCUGGAAGCUUGGCUGGCGACAUACGUGUCUAGUAGUGGGCAUCGGGCCCGUCGUUGUAAUGUUCCUAGUCUCGCUCAUGCUUCCUCGCUCCGCCAAAUGGCUCAUCUCAAAAGGGCAUCCGGUGGAGGAGGCACAACGCUCGCUCCGUUUCUACCAUGGCAAGGACUAUGACGUCGAUCAGCAGAUACAGAAAAUCAGGGAGUCGCUCGGAGAGGAACACCGGCACGACGCGUCUCUGUUCGAGGUGCUGCAACUUCUCAGACACAGACACUAUCUGGUGCCCUUCUGUCUGAUGCUCUGCAUGUACGUACUGUUUGUGUUUUCCGGAGGAUUUACCACAGCGUCAUUCGCUCCGGUAGUUUUCAAAGAUGUUGGUGGCUUCAGCAACCCGUACAUCGGGUCGAUCUUGGUGGGCGCCCUCAGAGUGAUAACUUCCAUCAUGAUGAGCUACAUCGUGCAAAAGAGCGAGCGCAGAACGUCACUGAUGAUUAACGGCGUGGUUGGCGGCGCGGCCUGCCUCGUCAGCGGCUUCUUCUUCCACUACAGCGCCGCGCUGGCCGACUAUGCCUGGGUGCAGCUGGUCUCAGUGCUGGUGAUCGUGAGCGCCAUGUCGCUGGGAAUCGCGCCGCUGACCAACCUUCUGCUGACCGAGCUGCUGCCCAACGCCAUCCGCGCCGAGGCCGGAGGGAUCCUGCUGACCUUCUUUGGCACCAUCAACUUCAUCAUGGUGUACACCUUCCCGCUCGCCGUCGCCGCUGUGGAUAUGUCAGGUGUUUAUUGGUUUUUCACUGUUAUGCACUUCUUGUUGUUUGUUUUUGCUAAGGUGUGCUUACCUCAUACACGUGGAAAGUCCAUAGAGGAAGUGCAGAAAAUGUUUGUAAAGAACGUUACCAACUGUGCCAGUGAUCCAAUCCAUGUGCACCUUAAGGACAAGCGAGGGAGUUUGACUUACCAGACAUUCCCUAUUCAUGAUUCAGAUUCUGCCAAGCAGUCUGGGUCUCCGUAAGGUUGUUCACUAACUUUUACUUCGUAAGUGAAGUAAAAUUACACGUGUAUCGGUAACUCUUCGCAUGAUAAAUGCUGAAGGGUUGUGUUGCCUUAACUCAAAUAGCGCUUUUUGUAGCAGCCCUUAUAAAUGUAGCGCUAUGGCUGCAAAAAGCGAAGUUAUAUUUCGCUGUGCUGUUUCACGGUGUCUUAUGUUGUGGUCGAGUGUGAUGACAUAGGAUGAUUGUUAAUAACCUUUUCCUCGAAUAAUGAAAUGUUUAAAUGUCGAAAAGGUAUAUGAUUUGGGUAUGUUUGCUAAUUGCUUGUCUGAUGAUGCCCUAUGGACGAAAAUUCACUGAACUAUAUAUCACUUUCGUCAUAGCAUUUUAUUAUUCGAGGAAAAGGUCAUUAACAAUCAUUCUAAAAUAUUAAAACAAGAUGUUCCUCGCGAGAGCACUCAACAACAUAUCUUCGGUGAUGACAUAGAUAUCGUAUGAUGCAUAUAGUGUCAAUGCAUAAGAAACUAAAUAUUCCCGCCUGUAACACCAAUAUGCUGUGUACCAAAGUGUAUGUGCGUGCGCCGUGCAGGCCGAUAACGUUUUACUAUGAGGCCAACCGAUAGGUAGGUAUGCAUUUUGAUGUGGUUUCAUUGCUGAGCGUCAUCGUCCGCAUAGUUGGUAGAAUCACUGGUACCUAUGUUUUCAAUAUACAGUGCAAAAAUUA